AGAAAAAAUGUCAAACACUUCACCACACAAGAUUUAUGAUUUCAAUGCAGAGGUUAAGAAUGAUCAUGGAAAAUUCGUUAGAACUGCAAGUAAAUUUAGAGAAUUUGUUGGUUCUGAACAGUUUCCAUUAGAAUCUGAUAGAUAUGCUUUGAUCUUAGCUUACGCAUGUCCUUGGUGUCAUAGAACAGAUCUUGUUAGAACAUUGAAGGGAUUAGAGAAGAUUAUUCCUGUUGUUUUUGUUGAUAACUUUCUUGGAGAAGAGGGUUGGAGAUUUGGUCAUGAAGGUGAUCAAGACACCAUCUCUGGAUUGGAUGCCAAAUUCUUGAGAGAAAUCUACUUGCAAUCUAAUCCAAAUUACGAAGGUAAAAUUACAGUUCCAGUUCUAUACGAUAAGAAACAACAUUUAAUUGUAAAUAAUGAAUCAAGUGAAAUUAUUCGAAUGAUGAAUGAUCAAUUUAAUUCCCUUGCAACAAGAAAUCAAUCACUUGAUUUAUAUCCAUCAGAAUUGAGAAGUGAAAUUGAUAAAGUCAAUGAAUGGGUCUAUCCUAACAUUAAUGAUGGAGUUUAUAAAUGUGGAUUUGCUCAGAAACAACAAGCAUAUGAAGAAGCUUUCCAUGCACUUUUUAAAACUUUGGAUGAAUUGGAAAAUAUCUUGUCAAGUCAAAGAUUUAUUGUAAAGGGAAGCAAACAUGUGACAGAAGCUGAUUUGAGAUUAUUACCAACUUUAUUGAGAUUUGACAUUGUUUAUUAUACUCACUUUAAAUGUAAUUUGAAAUCUCUUAGACAUGGUUAUCCAAAUAUUUAUAAUUACAUGAAGGAAGUUUAUCAAUUGGAUGGUGGAAUUCUUUCACAAACUUUUAAUGUUGACCAAACUAAAAAGCACUACUUUGGAUCUCAUAGAAGAAUUAAUGGAUUUGGAAUCGUUCCUUUGGGACCUGAUAUUACUGGUUAUUAUGAUACUCCAUUCCAUAGAAAUCUCUAGUUUUUUUUAUUAGAAAGUUAGGAAGAAACUGCAGAAAUGAUAUUUUCUGUAAUGCAAUAAACUAUAGCUAUUAAACC